AUGGGUCAAGGCCAGGAAGUCGAGACUAGAAAUGAUUCCCAGGUCGAAAUUCAGGAAAGAGCGGAGAUGUACUUCUUCUAUAGGCCCAAGGUGGAGAGAGAAGCAGCUCACAGCGCUGACGACGUGCAGCGCCUUUACAUAGUUCUCAGUUCCCAGUCCGGCGAGAGGCCCAUACGGGAGAGUCAAGAUCCCCACAAGGCUACGUCCAGUGUCCAAGGUGGCCAGAGUAGCCAGGAAGGGAGCAUCGAGAAGGGAGCGCCGUUGAGGUUCAUAGUGAUGGGGAAGAAGAGUCUUCCGGAUCCAACCAAACGGAGCCUACGUUACUGGGGAUUUGUGGAGAUGGUCACCACCAACAUCGAUGAUGUCAAGUCGGCUCUUAAAGCAGAGGAGUACGACACUUCAACGAGGGGACACCGCCACAUGGCUGUGGCAGGAGCGUUGGGGUAGGGUGUGUACUGCAUAGUUCGACACGAAUCCAGCGGGAAGAAAGCGCACACGCAUCUCAUAUACAGGCUCGAAUUCCUUCUGGAAGACAAGAAGCAGGAGCCCCAGGAGUUGCUGAACGUCCACAGAGAAGGAUCCUCUCUCAUCCAGAUCAAGAACCCCGAGCAGCACCAGCAGCUGCACGGCAAGUGCAAGGCGGCGUUCCCCACCCACCUGCAGGGGCAGUUCGGGCGGCUGAGGUACAGCCCGGCAGACCCACCUGACUUCCUGAACUAAGAAGGGUUUGAGUUGCUGCUGAUAUCAGCAUUGGACGACAUGGAGGAGGAGCAGGGGAGAGAGCUCAUAGCAGAAGAAGAGGGCGAUCCCUCCUGUUCCGAUCUGCUCAAGACGUUCGGGGACACUGUAACCGUGGAUGCCCUCCUCCGCAGGGGCACCUGCGUCUGAAAAUUCAAUCUAGUGACACUUCUGUUAGUGUGACAACUGCGGUUGCGUUUCAUGUGGAU